AUGGGCAAGCCAUUUCGCAAUAACAUCAAUGUGAAACUUGGGGAGCCGGUCACGGUUUCACCACCUCAAGAGGAAAUCAAGGAGAAAGGUGUCUUCACCCUCUCGUACCUUGACCACAUUGUAUGUUGGGUUCGUUCCAUUCACGGGUUCAAGUCGAACGAGAGAGGGAACGAAAUGGCCGGCCAAGUGUUCAAAACGGCGUUGCAAAAACUCCUCGUUCACUACUAUCCGUUGGCGGGUCGACUGACGGUCGUCGCAGGAGAAAAGUUGGCUGUGAGUUGCUACGAACAAGGUGCUGUUUUCGUGGAGGCUGACUUUGCCAUGCAAGAUGUUGAAGAGAUGUUGAGGAGCGACCCGAGUAAGCUCGUCGACUUGGUUUACGAUGGUGGCAUUCAUGGCAAUGCCAAGCCUUUGCCACAAUGCCCACUUCUGGUUGCCCAGGUGACAAAGUUCAAAUGUGGAGGAUUCGUAUUGGGAACUUGUAUCUCCCAUUGCAUGGGUGAUGGUUUUACAGUGAUGGAGAUGGUGAACUCAUGGGCCGAGAUCGCAAGAGGACUGUCAAUUUCAGUGCUUCCUAGUUUAGACAAAAGCUCUUUACUACCACGUAACCCACCAAAGGUUGAGUUCCCUCAUCCGGAAUUUACAAAGAUAGAGAAUAGGUCAUCAUCUACUUCCAAUGACAUCUCGAAAGAGAAAAUGGUGUAUAGGGUUUUUCAUUUUAACCGUGAAUCGAUAAAGGAACUGAAAUCAAAGGCCAUGGAGGAUGGAGUUCUCUCCAAGUGCUCUACUUUCGAAUGCCUUACAGCUUUCAUUUGGAUAGCUCGAAGCAAGGCAUUGAACAUGGUUGACAGCGAUCAGGAAACCAAACUCAUGGUCCCAGUGAAUGUGAGGGAGAAAAUGGAUCCACCAUUGCCUAAAGGGUACUUGGGGAAUGGAAUUGUAGUGGCUUGUACCAUCAGCAAAGCUAAGGACUUGAACAACGAGCCCUUUUCAACAACGGUAGGGUUGGUUCAAGAUGCAAUCAAGAUGGUUACAAAUGCUAAUGUUAGAUCGUUGAUUGAUUGUCAUGAGUUGCAUAGAAGUGUGCAAUCUUUUGCACAUACUAUGCUUGUGACAACUUGGUCCAGAAUUCCCUUUUGCACCACUGAUUUUGGGUGGGGAGAUGCUAUUUUUAUGGCGCCCAUAACGUUGCCCGUUGAUGAGAUGGUGAUAUUUUUUCCGAACAAUGGGAAAGAGCACUAUGGAGAUAUGGUUGUUUAUGUGGCUUUGCCAGAAUCGACUAUGGAGACCUUUCAAAACCUUGUGAUGAUGUAG